CCUUGUCAAUAGCGCAGGUACUAUCGCAGCGCCUUCCUGGUGUUGAGAGAGGCGUUUCCGCACUCAGCAACUACCCCACCAAAAGACGGAGCUACCCCGCCAUCCAUUCCACCUCCCCCCCAUACAACCAACACCAUGUCACUGUCUGACAGCAUCGUACCAAAGCUGCGACAGGACGGUACUAAUCAUUUCCAUUGGGAGCGUGCCUUUCAACUGUAUGCCAAGUCACAGGGCUACAGUGGCCUCCUCAACGGCACGUGGGAAGAACCCACCGUCAUCAAAGGCCUAACUCAAAUGGAGCCAUCCACGAUCAACAGCGUAUACACAGACGAAGUGCAACUCAGGGCUGCUCAGAUCAGCGUCCGCGAACACAACCGACUCAUCAAAGAGCAGUACAGCCGUGACUGGGCACAAUACCGACGCUGGCAAUCCGCCUGCGCUGCGCUUGAACUCGUGCUGUUGUCCACGGUACCGCAACCCAUCUAUGAGAGCGUCAAUGACCUCACAGAUGUCGCGGACCAGUUCAAUACUAUCAUUGCCCGAUAUAGGGAUCAAGGCGUGACAGAGGAGUGCUCCAUCUGGGCUGACUUCUUCAAACUGCGCGCCCAUGAGUGCAAUACUACGACUACAUUCGUCGACAAGUUCAAAGCUGGCUUAGCCAGGCUCACUCACAUUCAAGACUGCAAGCUCACUGACAAGCAAGCAGUAUAC